UUCUUCUGUUAACUGCAGAUGACCUCAAGAAGAGGACAAGGGACAUCUCCUCCUAUGCCUCCUGGUGCUACGGGAGUGGCUGCAACCGGACAAGCUUCAUCCUCCCGUUCAAAUAGCUAUCCUCAAAUGUCUCUCAAUGCCAUGUUCAAUGCUCCUGCUAGGAUAUCCCAGCCACACCUCCAUCCUGAUAAGCUCAAUGGAGCUUUAUGGUUCUCUAUUGACCCAUCAGUGAAUGCUUUCAUCCGUGCAACAUGGCAAGCAUACUACAUGGGACCUUGGAAGAGUUGGAGGUCUGUCCCUGACGAAAGGAGGGAUUCAUGGUGGCAGACGUUUGUGCAAAAUUUCUACUGGGAGCAACAGUUUAAUGACUUGGUCUAUGCUCUCUGGAAGAAGGAAACAUGGACUUCGAUUGGUGAACGGAUUAGCACCAAGAAGAGGAAAAACAAGCAGCCAAAGUACAUCAAUGAGAAUGACUGGACGACCCUUAUGGAGUAUUGGGCGACAGAACCAGCCAAGAAGAAGAGCAAAGACGCUGCUAAAAGCCGCAAGUCUGACCCUCUGGGUAAAGGGGUAUACAAGCACAAUGCAGGACCGGUUGGUUUUGCAAGAAUUGAAUACAAUAUGACGGUUGAGACUGGUGAACUUCCAUCCUACACAGACCUUGUCAGGAGGACACACGCGAAAAAGGAUGGGACUUUUGGGGACUAUCGUGCGGAAGAACUGGUAACUCAAGCUGGAUCACCUCAAAGUCCAUCAGCAACCUCAGCUCCUUCUCGCAUUUUGUUAAACCAAGCUUAUCUGAAGAAUGCUAAAGGUAAGAGGAGGCAUGUCUACGGACUCGGCAGUGCCGAGUACAGGGAACAUCCACCAUCUGCAAGAGUCCCUGCUUCUCUGGCCCGCAACUUGGAGCUGGAGUUGCGUGUGAGUGGACUAGAGAAAAGCUUGCAAAGUGUGACUGCUGAUGUAAGUGCAGUGAAGGCUGAUGUAGGUGCUGUGAAGGAGGAUGUGGCAACAAUGAAGGAGGACUUCGCAGCAACAAGGGCUGCAAUCACUGAGCUCAUCCAAUCACUUCGACCCCAAGCUAACCCUCAGCAACAACCCCCUUCUACUCAGGCUCAAGACCCUUCGACUCAGGCUUAGAUUCAUGUUUAGCAUCUUUCUAUCUAAUCUUAAAACUCUCUUUUGGCUUUUAGAUGCAUGUGUAGCAUCUUUUGAUCUCUUAUGUACCAUCCUUUUGUUCUUAAGACUUUAAUAUCUAAUUUUCUUAUGUUUAGCUUUUGUAAACCAACAUUCUUAUGAUUAUAAUUUCAUGUUUAAUUUAAAUU